CCCCCCUCCCUCUGUCUCUCUCACACUUCUCUCUCAAGCUGUGACCGACCCAAAACACAGCACAACCCAACGCCUGGAUCCUCUUCUCUGCUUCCGAUGAGGAAGCUCUGAGGACGUCGGAUCGGAUCUCCCCAGAGAAAGCAUCUCGCGAGUAGGGAACAGAAGACACAGAGCUCUUCUUCUUCUUCUUCUUCUUCUUCUUCUUCCUUUCCUCCUCCUAACAAUGGGGUGCUUUCUUGCCUGCUUUGGGGGUUCUAAGAAUCGAAAGCGCCGCCGAUCACCCAGGAAGUCGCUUUCACUUGAACGGGCGCAGGAAAGGUGCAGGCCGCCGCGACCAAACGUCUCGACGAAGCAGAUCACGCCGAAGUCCCUCACGCCGGAUCUUUCGCCGCUGAAUCCUGCAGUGGAAGACAACACUCUUCCGGAGCUGAAAGAGAAUCUCGCGCAGGGGAGCUUAAGCCGCACUAGGAAGAAGGUGACGUUCAAUCUCAACGUCCAAACUUAUGAGGAGGUAUCAGGCGAUGAAGAUUCAAAGUGUUUGUUGGAAGAUGAUGAAGGACCCGAAGCGGUAGACGAGGACGGGAAGCCACAUGAAGGGCAAGAUGAAUUCUCUCCCAAGUUGGGAGCUUUCCCCUUAAACCAUAGGUACCAGAAUUGUGAGAUCAGCGAUGACGACGGUAGUGAUUGCGGAGGAGAUGAAGAGGAGGACUACUCGGAUAGUGAUUUUGACGAGGAAGAGGACGAUGAAGUGGGUACCGAAGAGAAGGAGGAAGAGUCGUAUGAUUCAUUCUUCUCUUUGGCAAUUGAUGAGGAGCCGCAACGGUUGCAGGAAGUUCGUAGCCCCGAACCCAAGUGUCCCUCUUCCCCCGGUAGGCAGCCGAUCCUUUUGGCCGGAGGUGGUAACAAGCGCGAUAGGAGCCAAUAUGUGCAUCCGGUGCUGAAUCCCGUGCAGAAUUUAACUCAGUGGAAGGAAGUUAAGGUGCAUUCGGCACGGGCGAAGAACGCAAAGGUAGAAAAUGCGGGCACAGAGAAAGAGAACCAGAUGAUGUUCUGUUCAGAGGCAAUGAACAACAAGGCUAAGAAGCCCCAAGGAUCCAUUGAGUUGGAUCGCACCCCUAAUUGCUCUACCAAACAGGAGAUCUCUGUGGAUGCCAGCCUUUCGAAUUGGCUGUUGUCAUCGGAGAAUUCGACUGUGGAAGGGCCUGAGGCGAGCAAUUCUCCGAGGUCUAACUCAGCAUUUAGCCGAGAGGAUCGGCCUAUCUUAGGUGCUUUAACUGUUGAGGACCUUAAGCAAGCAUCGGUUACAUCUUCGCCAAGAAGGUCGCCCAGCAGGAGCACAGAUGAAAAGCCGAUAUUGGGUACUGUGGGUAGGUACUGGAACAGUAAGAACCAGGGAGAUGAUUCAGCUUCUUCUCAUCAACCUAGCAGCGGACACAACGGAAGUCCAAACACCACAAUCAAGUACAGAGAGGAUAAGCCGGUGAACUGGAAUUCCACUCCUUUUGAGGUGAUGCUGGAAAGAGCUUUAGAAACUGGUACAGCUUGAGCAUGCUGAUGUUAAUUUUCCUAUCGGUGAGGUGUGAGUUGAAUUGGCGUGCCUUAAUAACGUCUACGUUCUCUUGUGGCCAUCAGAUUCCAGAUUUUUCCUGCUUUGUUAUUAUAGUCAUGUCUUCUGCUUCUAGUCUCAUUGAUUUUUGUCAUCCCAUAAAACCCACUUGUAUGUGUACUGGUUGAUGAUUUGUUAGCAGUAACAAAUAUUAUGCUUUGUUUA